CGAGCACCCCGACAGCGAGCAGCAGCGCCCCAACAACAUCGCGAGGACGAUGGGCAACACAGACGCCAUGGACGCGCCGACCGAGGACGCCAUGGCGCCGACCAUAGAUUGGCAGUGGAACCCGUUCUUCAUCGGCGGCGUCUACGCGCCGCCCCCAGACCCCGACGCGCCGAAGCAGGUCGGCAAGAUCGGGGUAAGGAGCAAGGGGAGAGCCGUAUACAAGAACGUCAAGCGCAUCUGGGGACAGGCGUACGCCGACCAGAUGCAGAUCGAACGGCUCGGAAUGGAGGGGCACUUGACGGCGCAAUCGGUCCACCUCCAGAACAAGAGUAGAACCUUCGACGGCAGAACCUUCGACAGCUUCGACGGCAGCACCUUCGACAGUAGCUUCGACUACGACACCUUCGACAGCAGUACCUGCGGCAAUGUCAAAGGCAGCAACGACUCCAAGGUCCGAGUGGCCGCCGUGGCUUCAGCAGCAGCAACGACAGACCAGCAGCUCAUCGAGAGGUUCACGGCGCUGAGGGGCGACUGGCCAGGCGUCGCGCUGACGGACCCCUACAACCCCGAAGGCGGCUCGAUGAUUCAGCGCGCGAGCCCCUCGGACGUGCCGCCGAAACCUCGGCGCCAGCGCCCGAAGGAGUCGCACUUCGUCGGCACGAGCCUCGCCGACAAGUUGGACGACAAGGCGAGCCGACGUGACGUGGGCUUCGCGUGGGACGGCUCUGGGUACAUGAGCUCGAGGACGCAGGCCAUCGACGAGGCGACGAUGCUUCCGUACGCCGAAGCGUUGGGCACCCUCCUCGACGUUGCGCCUGCGGGCUUUCCAGCGCACAAGUGCCUCGAGGAUGCGCUCGAGGAGCUGAACCAAGGGCGCGGCAUCCUCGACUGCGAGGCGCGCUCCUCAACCAGGGCGGCCAGCAUCGCAGCUGACAACUGGCGGAUCAUGACGAAGCACCGCUACAACACGGCCGCUAAACAGAAGGUUCUGGACAACAAGGAGCUCCAGGAGCUGGCGAAGAAGAUCGAGCUUCCUUCUGCAGAAGAUGAUGCUUCAAGCAGUCUUGCAUCAGGCACCUCCUUCGACGCCAGUACUGAUGAGAGUCCGCCCCCCAUGGACGCGAGUGCGGCCAGGAAGCUCUCCCCGCCGAGCGGGGCGUGGAGGGAGGAGAUGGAGGACGAUCAGAAAGGCGAUGGUCACGAGGCUGAAUGGGACACCGAGCUCGAAACCAUCGAGUCGGAGAGCGACGUGGAGCUCUGCUGA